UAUCGUCUCGUUGAUAAUUCAGCUGUCAUACUGGUCUUAAAUUGCUGUUCUGAUUUACUCCGUUAACUAUAGAGUCCAAAUGUGUUUUGUGGCUACAUUUUUAUGUCAAAACAAAUUGAAAGAACACUUUGACACAUUGACGUAAUAUGUUUAAAUUUGGUUGGCUUCUCUUAAUAAAAAGAGUAAGGACAGAGCAAUUUAAAAAAUCACAUCUCUUUAACCACAUUUAUUUGACACAUUUUGGAAUGGAAGGGACGGUUGUUGCAGUCUUCGGUUUGACCACAAGAUGUCAGCAACCUCAUUUUAAAGAAUUGGUUACAACAUUCGUGUCAAAAUAAAGACGAAGAAAAACUAUUAAAACACACGCACUAAACACUUUUAUUGAUUAAUGUAGGCCUUCAUUUUCAACGUGACUUGUUAGUUUAUUUAGCUUGUUUUCUCACCGAGUUACUUAUGUAGGUCGUUGCCUCCGUUAAUGAAGACUUUUAUUUUAGCGGAACCAGCGGAACUGUCGUUACAUUUACUUUGUAGACUGACUGCAGCCUCCCCUCCCCUCGUCCCCCACCUCUCUCUCUCUCCCUCCCUCUCUCCCUCUCUCUCCAGUGCGCCCACACCCAACCUGCACUGGCUGCUGCUGAAUAAGGCAGAGGCGGCGCAGCCCCUGCAGUGUAUGCGGGACAAUAGGUCCAUAGUGCGGCUGUUGACAGCAGCUCUCAGCGGCGGUUUCUCUCUGGAGCUCUCUGCAGAACUCUUCCGUGUGGACACAGCGAGCAAUCAUUCUGCUGCCGGCCACUGAGAGGAUAGUGAGGCUGCGGCACCAUCACCAUCCCUGUCCUCCUCCUUACCCUACUCAUGCGCUGUCAAUGUGGUUAGUGGUCUAUUUACUGAGCAGCAUCUGAGCAGAGAGGACGUCACACUGGCACCAUGAGCAGCACCGUGUUUCAGCAGCAGGCUGUCCACAGCCCUCUGGAGCAGAAGAAGAAGCAAGGUGGAGGAGGAGGGGGGCCGAUCCCCUGUCAGAACUGUGGGAAACCCUGCAAAGGGGAGGCCCUACGAGUUCAGAACAAACACUUCCACAUCAAGUGCUUCGUAUGUAAAGUGUGUGGCUCUGAGCUGGCGCAGGGAGGCUUCUUCGUGCGACAGGGUGAGUACAUCUGUACCCUGGACUACCAGAGACUGUACGGAACUCGCUGCUUCAGCUGCCAGGACUUCAUCGAAGGAGAAGUGGUGUCGGCCCUGGGCAAGACCUACCAUCCCCGCUGCUUUGUCUGCGCCUCCUGCAAACAACCAUUCCCGGCUGGCGACCGAGUGACAUUUAACGGGAAGGAGUGUAUCUGCCAAAAGUGUACCCAGCCUCUCCCUGACGACAGUCCUGCACCGAUACAAGCGGUCCAGAAUUGCUGCGGCUGUGGCAAGGAGUUUAAGAACGAACAGUCUCUGGUGGCCCUGGACAAACACUGGCACCUGGGCUGCUUCAAGUGCCACGUCUGCAGUAAAGUGCUCAAUGCUGAGUACAUCAGCAAGGAUGGAAUCCCCUUCUGUGAGAUGGACUACCACGCCAUGUUCGGAAUCCAGUGUGAGAGCUGCAAGAAAUACAUCACUGGAAAGGUUCUGGAGGCUGGAGAGAAGCACUACCACCCCACAUGUGCCCGCUGUGCCCGCUGUGAGCAGAUGUUUGCAGAGGGAGAAGAAAUGUAUCUGCAAGGAUCUUCCAUCUGGCAUCCUCCUUGCAGACAAGCGGCUAAGCUGGAGGAGAAGAGCAAGAAGCAGGUCCGGAUUCAGCUCAGUGACAUCCCUGAGCAGCAGGUGACCCGGACUUCAUCUGAGAGCAUCACUUCAGUCCCAGCCUCCAGCGCUUCAGGCUCUCCUAGCAGAGUCAUCUAUGCCAAACUGGGUGAAGAGACGCUGGACUACAAAGAUCUGGCAGCUCUUCCAAAGACCAAGGCUAUCUACAACAUUGAGAGACCUGACAUGUUGUCCUACUCUCCAUAUGUCAGCUACCUAUCUGAGGAGAAGCACUACGGAGAGUCCCCCCAGAUCCUUUCUCCUACCCCCACUGAGGGCGACGGAGAGAAGUCACCCCGUCAGAGGAGACCUUCCAGCCCGAGCUCCAACAGCUCCUUGGGCGGCUAUGGACGUUACACCCCAUGCCGUUCCCCCGUUAACUACAGCCGACCAGGUCCAGAGCAAUACCAUGCCCCUAAAUACAGCAACCAGGCCCGUGACUCCAGUUCCCUUCCUUUGCCCCCAAACAUGGGUGCCAAUAAGUGUCCAUCCACCUGGACAAAGGACUCCUCCCUCCCUCUCCCUGUGCACAAUUCUGGUGGGGCUGAAGGUAGCGCAGGUGGUGGUGUUGGUACUGGCAAGUACUCACCCAUACCAGCAGGUGGCAGUGCAGGCUUGUCAUUACACCUGAACCCCACCACGCUGGCCAUGCUGCAGCAGCACAACUACAUCCCUUAUUUCAGAGGUAGCGAAAGUGGUCGGAGCACCCCCAGUUUAUCCACUUAUUCUGACGGCAAAUCCCCUUCCUCUUCUUCUACAUACAUGCCUGUUCCUCGGCAUUUCCACAUACCAGAGACUUUGGUCAAAGAUAAUAUCUAUAGAAAACCCCCCAUCUACAAACAGCAUGCUUCUAGAACAUCAUGGCAGGAAGGGGAGGAUAGUAAGAGGACAAGUUGGAUGAUCUUGAAGAGUGAGAUUGAUGGACAGAUGGGUUCAGAAGAUCUGGAUCCACGUAAGUCCACUUGCAGUCUGCCCACUGAUACCUCACAGCCGAAUUUCCCUUACAAUAAGUCAGCGUCUUUACCAGGAUAUGGAAGGAAUGGCAUUUACAAGGCGGCUGAGAUGGUAGAGGAUGAAGUGGACCCAGACUCCCACAGCUGGGGAGGCAUGAGAGAAUACAAGGUCUACCCUUAUGAAAUGCUGGCUGUGACACAUCGAGUGAAAGUGAAGCUUCCCAGGGAUGUAGAUCGCACCAGACUGGAGAGACACCUAUCCCCUGAAGAAUUCCGUCAGGUUUUCGGCAUGACCCUGGAUCAGUUUGACCGCCUGGCCCUGUGGAAGAAGAACGACCUCAAGAAGAAGGCUCGCCUUUUUUAAACAAGGAAGAAAAAAAAAAAAGUCACACACCAUCUCAACCACUAACUGUGCUGUCUGGACUGAAACUGAAAAAAACAAAUCAAACCCAUUCUGAAAUAUCUAUACACAGUAUGCACCGCCAUAAUGCCCUCGACUUUCUACCUGUAAAAAUACCAUGCCAUUUAGUCUGCCGCGGAGAGGCUCGCCGUGUGAGGACAUUCUCACCACUGGGCAACCUCCCCUCUACCUGUAGCUUUUGUAUGGAAUGCGGUUUAAAUGUGUGACUGUAAACCACGCGUUCAGAAGGCGAGGAGCUGCAUUUGCAUGGCCUGUGUUGACGCUCCUCACCCGGUGUGGUUUCUGCAUCCUAACGCUCUCCCACCCAUCCCGAUGCUUCUGUUACCUCUGGCGAAAAGAGAGACAGGCGUCUGAGCUUCUUGUGGGUCAGACUUAGCUCAGUUUCAACUCAUAUCACAGAUUUUAUUCACAGGAUUUUUUUUUUUCCCGCAUCAUAUUCGUGCCCUGCUUUUCCCUUUUCUCUCUGUUUCGCUAUGAUUUUCAGUUGUUCCCCCAUCAACGACAGACUGUUACCUUGUUGAGAAACCUAUUAUUUUAGUGUGAGAAAAUAAAGCUAUACAUGUGCACCUACAAUCUGUAAUAAGAGCAAAGGCCAAAGACAGGGACUAAGAACAACUUUCUGCAUUUGUUACUUUUUUUUUUUUGCUCAAACGCUUCAAUAUGUUUACUUUUGUUUUCCGUUUUCCAUCAUGUUCUGCUCAAUUCCGUGAGUUGGAUAAGGCUUAAUGGGGCAGAUUUUGAUAUGCGUGCCAAUAUUGCUUAAAUGCUGUCCCGCAUCUUACAUAACCCACUCGUAAAUCAGCCCUGACAGGAAGAGACGAGGCUGGAAAGCAGCCACGACGUGACAGUAAAUCACAAAUGUGGAGUACGAACGAACAGUACUGAAGGUUCCAGGGUAUACAGAGGUGUCGAACAUGCAACGCCGCCAUAGCAGCGUGCACUCACCAGGUUAUUAAAAAAAAAAAAGAAAUUAUUUUUAUAAGCUAUUUUUGACUUCUGGAAAAACAACAUUACACCCGGUCAUGAGACACACCUGAGAGAAACCGCAAAUUUUGUUAUAAUAUUAAAAAAGGAAAAAAAAAAAACGCUGACUUUAAUAAGCUUCAAACACCUGCAGCAGCACUUAAGCGAAACAAGUGAGGUCUUGCUUUGGGUUUUACAGACUCAAUACUAUAACUGUCUCGUAACUUUCCUCCCAUGUCGAGAGCUAGCGCUGUACGUUGUAUGUCGUUGGAUGUCUAUGGUGUCGACGGCUACAUGCCGGCAUCAGCGUUUACGCUCAAUUUGUCUGGACCAUAAACGGAUCAAGUCGCCAACUAACAUGCUGUAAAAUGUGUGUGAACAUGUACUGGACAUAUACCAGAUAUAUUUGUCUGUAUCCAAACCACGGUGUAUAACUCUUCAAGGCAUGCAUGAAAAUUGGGGAAUAAUUGAGGGGGGGAGGGGCGUAUAUUUGUCCACUGACCUCAGAUUAGACAACAUUGUUAAUGUGUUCCUGAGUGAUUGAUUGAGUAGCUGGUUAGUCACAUAACAAGUCUGGGUCAGUCGCUUUCAUUAGCUUGUGUUAGGUUCUAUUUAUUUAAUUCAUGUCGUCAAGGAAGGGAUUUGAUUUUUGUUUGUUUUUUUUUAAUCUGGAGUGUGUGGAGUGGAAAGGAAAGCAUCCGAGGAGAGACAUAUCAAACUGAGUUGAAUUUUACGAGUGUCAAACGACUUGGUUUUGUUUUUGCUCCCGUAAUUAAGAACACUAACCCGUUGUCAUGAAGCAUCGUGUCCUCUUUCUAAUACUCAUUUGCUAAACAUUAAAAGUGCUUUUAUGUAAAUGUCACAGCCAGUGUGGACUGGAGAGCUUGACUUUGUUCGAUGAAUGUCAAAACUCUUAAACGGAAUGACGAUACUUUCAAGUAAAGUGUGUAAU